AUGCUCAACUAUGGCGAUGGCCCGCAGUCUGCCGGAUCGACUAUGGCCAACAGACGAAGAGCCACAGGCAACGGUGACCAGAGGUUCACCUGUUCCCAACAGUCCGUCAUCAGCGCCAUUGACCGGUUCGUCAGAUCCGUCAACAAUAUGGACGAGACGGUUCUGGUUCCGUCCCGACUACGGGACAUGGAAGUGCAGAACCGCCGGAAAAACUGCCCACCCCCUCCUGUAGGGUUGCAGCAUCAAGACUUGUACAGUUUUUACUCCAUGCUGAAAGAUGUCAAGAACGAGCUCCUGUGGGGACCAUCCUCGGUGGGGGCCACCCUCUUUCCUGUAGUCAGUUCACUCAGCGGCAUGUCGAGUCCAAGAAGACCUCCCAUGAGCAUAAUGAUGACUUCCGGCAUGCCCAUGGGUAUGACAAUGGGCAUGACCACCACCAGGCAACCUUCCGAUGACGGACUGGGUAGCAGUACCGGAUGUUCCUCAGAUCAGGACACAGACAGUGACUUCGAAAGCAUUAUGACGGAUAGAGAGAGCAUGAUCAUGGAACAGACCUCCCACUUGGCGACGGCAUUCCGUCAUCACCUUCAUGGACUUCACGCAAUUUUACACCAAUUAGCCGAUUCUGCGGAUUAUCUUUCCAAACGGUAUCAGGAAGAAAUCGAAUCACCUAUGCCAUAG